AUGGCUUCUCUCCUCUCUCACCUCUACCCCUCCUCCCUCCUACCUUCUCCUCCCCCCUUCUCACCUCUCACCUCGCACCUCGUCCAACACGCGCAUCGCCGCCUCUGCAGACCCCACUGGCGCCGCUACCCUGUCUCUCCUUCCCCCCUUCCCCCCCCUUCUCCCAUCUCACCUCCAUCCUCCCCCUUCCCCUUUACCGCCUCACCUCGUCCAACACGCGCAUCGCCGCCUCAGCAGACCCCAUUGCCGCUGCCACCACGUCCCUCUUUCACUUCCUUCCUUCCCCCUCACAUCUCCCCUCUUCCCCCUCUUCCCCCUCUUCCCCCUCUUCCCCCUCUCCCCCCUCCCCCCUCUCACCUCGUCCAACACGCGCAUCGCCACCUCUGCCGACCCCACUGGGGCGGCUACCUCGUCCCCCUUUAUCACCCCCUCCUCUCACAUUCCCACCCACACCCCCCCUCUCCCCCCACACCUACCCCGUUCCUCCUCUGCCCUUUCCUCUCUCACCUCGUCCAACACACGCAUAGCCUCCUCUGCACACCCCACUGGCGCAGGUACCUCGGCCCACUUCACUUCCCUCCUUCUCCCUUCACCUCUUCCCUCUUGCCCUCCCCCUCCCCCCCUCAUCUCCCCCCUCUCACCUCGUCCAACACCCGCAUCGCCUCCUCUGCAGACCCCACCGGUACUGCUACCGCCACGAAACGACUCCUUUUAAUCUCCGAGUGGAAGGGUCCCAAGAAGGUGAAUCUGGUGGCGGCGAUGGUGCGAGGGAUGACGCCAGACGAUGCGCUCAUGCAGAUGGCCGUCAGCACCAAACGCGCCGCUAAAACCGUGGCUAAGGUGGUCACAGCAGCCAAGGCCAACGCAGUGCACAACCAUGGGCUGGAGGAGAAGAAGCUCAUCAUUGGGGUGCUUUUGAGUAAACACGAUAACAGCCAUGGGCUGGAGGAGAAUAAGCUCAUCAUUGGGGCGGUAUCUGAAGCGGCUGAGCCCGCGUGGGAGGGGCGGUCUGGGUGCUGCCAGUCAGUCCGUUGCCAGUCACUCUUUUUUUCCCUCUUCCCCUCCCCUCUCUCCCACCUCCCUCCAGCGGAGGCCUCUGUGGGCAAGGGGCGGUAUCUGAAGCGGCUGAGCCCGCCGGAGGCCUUUGUCGGCAAGGGCCGGUAUCUGAAGCGGCUGAACUCACAUGAGAGGAAGCGGUUGGGGGUGAAGCCAGCAUAUGUGGGCAAGGGCCGGUAUCUGAAGCGGCUGAACCCGCAUGGGAGGGGCCGGUCGGGGGUGAAGCACCGCUACCGAAGCCGCCUCACCGUGGUGGUGCGGGAGAUGAGCGGCCCUGAGGAGGAGCGAGUGGAACGGCAGAGGGCUGCUGCGGCCAAUCACAGGUGGCUGCGGCGCGUGCAGAGGAAGCGAGGGCAGAUUGUGCCGCAUAAGGUGGUGGAGGUGGGGAGGAGAAAGGAGGUGGAAAGUGGGGCUGCCUGA